AUGGCUCGCCUUCGCCGCUUGUUCACUGACCGAGUCACGUUAGUUUUCCUCUUCAUUUUGUGGAUGUUUGCGUGCUAUUUAUGGGAUGAUUUCCUCGCAAUAGCUGCUCAUUGGGGAGCCCGUCUUUUCCCCAGUCUUUACUACAAAGGCGAAGCGCUGUAUUUUGUUCUCUCUUCUACGUGGGGCUUUGUUGCGCUACGGGCGCUUGUUCUUCGUCAUGCUCGGCAC